AUGGCCGAUGACCUUCGUAAUGUCGUGGCUCAGGCUUCUGCCCUUAUGGUUGCUGCCGCCAACCAGGAACUCUGUGAUUCAGAGGCUGAGGCGUCGAGUACUUUUGGAGCAGAAUUGUAUUUGGCCUGCGAGAAGGCCGCUUUGGAAGAUCAUGUAGCCACUUUGGAGGGCCCAACAGAGCGACUCGAAACUCAAGGCGUUCGUAAGGCAUGUGAGGCCCUUGGAUUUGAGAAGGGGAAUCAACUAGCUAGUUGUUCCGUAAUUUCCGGUGAAUUUGAAACGGCAUAUCAUGUCCGUGUCACGAGAAGAACUGAGGAGGUGCAUAUUGCUCCUUCUUCCUUUGCUGACACGGAUUUUGCGGGCCUCUUUUGCCUGGGGGAGCUAGAUUAUGACAGCUUCCGCCAGUUUUGUCAUAGUUCGGGCCCGGGAGCCGUGCCUCUUUUCCUCAUUUGUUGCAAGUGUUUCUUGAUAGGUUGGGGUUUCCUCUCAUUUCCACCACCGGGCCCCGGCAUGAGAGAGUUGAAUUUCCCCUUUCAUGCUCUAGAGGUGCUUGUACUUUCCCUUCUUCUCGACCCAGUGCAUGCUGCAACCAUGGGAAGCGCCUCCCCAUGA